AAAAAUAAAUGUUAUUUAUAAUUAAAAUACAUAAAUCACAAAUUAAAUUUUCCAAUUCUUAACAUAAUAUGUAUACAUAACACAACCGGUGUAAUUAUAAAAACCUACCAAUGACUACAGUGAAAAUACGACACCCUUAUUCAUCGUUAUUGACAAUUACUUAAGUUUAUAGAUUACAUGUACUUAUUGGGAGAUUAACGAGCACUCGGAAGUUAGGCAUUUAAGGCUUCUACAAACGUCACCGAUAUCGCAUGUGAUUUGCGUUACAUUGCUGCAUUUGAUCGAUUAAUUGUAAUCGUUGCACCUACUUAGCCGGCAAUUAGCUGAAAUCGUAUGCCAUUUGUUGCAACUUGUGUGGAGACCUUUACCUUUGCUCAUAAAAAUUGCAGGUGUUUUUAAUUUAUUCAAAUGCAUGCAUGUUUUCUUGUUUAACCUACGAUAAAAUCUUUGAUUUGCAUAAACGCGUUUGUGACAAUAAUCAUGGCCGGUUGUAGAUAAAAUAUUAUUUAUCUUUUAUUUUGAUCCCAAUCUAAUUUUCGAUUAUGAUAUAAUUAAAUCGAGAAAAUUGGCAGUUCGUCUCACGCCAUAGUCAUUAUGUUGUUGAUGUGCAAAAAGUACCUAUAUAGAAACGUCAACUGUCACCUACAAAUGGCGGUAUUUUCCGAAUAAGUUUUGUGGUAAAAACUUUUUUCGAGACAAGUAUUGUUUUCACAUAAUAUUUGGUAAAAUAUUAGAGAAUAAUGGCCAAUGAGGCAGUGUUGAAAUAUUUAGUGGACACAAAUCGCCCAUAUUCGUGUGCAGACGUAACAGUUAACCUCCGUGGUGCUUUUACGAAAUCCGCUGUUCAAAAGGCGUUAGACUAUCUGAGUGAAAAUGCCAAAAUUCGUUGUAAAUUGUAUGGAAAGCAGAAAGUUUACGCAGCCAUACAGCCGGAGAAUGUUACAGAAGAAGGUGACACUGAAGACUAUGACACUCAAUGCAAGUCAGUAACUGAAGAAUUAUUAGAAAAAACAAACACUCUAAAAACAGCAGAAGCAACCUUAAAGACCAUCUUGACUGCUCCCACAACUGAUACAGCCAAGUCUCAAAUAGAAGAGCUGAAGAGGAGAAUAGAGGGUUUUGAGAACAAAUUGAAAGUGUUGAGUACUUCCACUAAUGUUAUUAGUGCUGAGGAAAAGACUACUAUUAUGAGCCAGCAUGAGAAAUUCUUGAAAGAGUACAGGAAACGUAAAAGAAUAUCGACCGACAUUAUCGAGGCGGUACUGGAGGGCUAUCCGAAAUCUAAGAAGAGUUUGCUAGAAGAACUGUGUAUUGAGACAGACGAGAUGGCUAAUUUUAAAUUGAUGAAUUAAUUUGGACUUUGCGAUGCGUUUAUGUUGAUUUGUGUUAUAUGAGGAUUUACUGUAAUAAAAGUAAUUGAUUGUUACGUGACAAA